ACCUCAACCAGUUGCUGAGGGGCGGCGAUGAGGGGAAGUGUUACGCCGCGUGUCUCCCCUCACUGAGUCUGUGGUUGUGAGGACGAGGAUAUACGCGACGGUCCUGCCCAGCUCUGCCUCACCUUUUCCUCUCUUCCUGAAAAUGAGGCUCGCUGGGGACACACUGACAGGCGGCAUUGACACGAGGCUCUUCAGAUGAUCAAGUUGUGUGCAUCACCUGCCGCCGCCGCCGCCGCCGCCAUGGAGACUGGCAACGAGGAUACGGAGGAUGACAAGAGACGCUGGUGCCCCAAGAUGAAGCCCGCGAUGUGGUAUCUGAUGAUGAUCGUGGUCGGGUUCUUUUACGUGUACCUGACCGCUAUUCAGUACAUCAGAGGCCAGACCGCGCACGACCCGCCCGCCAACUACCUGACGCAGUACGACCCGCAAUACUUCGACGAGACGCUAAUCAGCCCUUCUAACGCCCUCAACUUCGACUACCACAACUACACCACGAUGACCGACUUCCUGCGAGCAAUGAGCGCCACCUACCCCAACCUGACGGCGCUCUACUCCAUCGGGAAGUCAGUGCAGGGCCGCGAGCUCUGGGUGAUGGUGGUCUCCUCGUCGCCGUACCAGCACAUCGUGGGUCAGCCCAACGUCAAGUUCGUGGCCAACAUGCACGGGAACGAGGCGGUGGGACGAGAGAUGCUGUUACACUUGAUAGAGUACCUCACCAAGAACUACCACACCGAUGACUACGUGCGCUGGCUGCUGGACAACACCCGCAUCCAUAUCAUGCCUUCGAUGAACCCAGACGGCUUUGAGGUGGCUCGGGAAGGCAUGUGUCAGGGCGGCCAGGGCAGGUACAACGCUCGCGGCUUUGACCUGAACCGCAACUUCCCGGACUACUUCAAGCAGAACAACAAGAAGAACCAGCCCGAGGCGGAGGCGGUGAAGCAGUGGAUAUCCAAGAUACAGUUCGUGCUCUCCGCCAACCUGCACGGCGGGGCGCUGGUCGCCUCCUACCCCUUCGACAACUCCCCCAACACCACAAUGGACUGGCCGCGUCUCCUGCGAGUUUUAAACGAGACGCGAGGCAAAGACGGUAGGGAGGAGGUCGAUUUUAAAAGUGUCUUCCAGCAGUUCACCUCGACGCCCUCCCUCACCCCGGACGAGGACGUGUUCAAGCACCUGGCCAGCGUGUACUCAUUCAACCACGGCACGAUGCACCUCGGUCUCCCCUGCAAGGCCGGCGCUCCCGCCUUCACCAACGGCACCACCAACGGGGCCGCCUGGUACCCCCUCACUGGCGGCAUGCAGGACUACAACUACGUGUGGCACGGGUGCAUGGAUAUCACCAUUGAGCUGUCCUGCUGCAAGUACCCGAUGGCCAGGCAGCUCACGAAGUUCUGGCAGGACAACAAGAAGGCUCUGGUCCGCUAUCUGGGGGAGGUCCAUCGCGGCGUGCGGGGCUUCGUGACGGACGAGGCGGGACGGCCGGUGGAAGGCGCCUCGCUCAAGAUCAUGGGCAGGGACGUCGGCUUCCAGACCACCAAGUAUGGGGAGUACUGGCGCGUCCUCCUGCCCGGCCUAUACAGUCUGGAGGUGUACGCCAGCGGCUAUGAUCCUGCCGUGGAGGAGUUUAUAGUGGAGGAGUCUAACCCAACCCUACUCAACGUGACGCUCUACCGUGCCUCACCCCCGCCGGACGUGCUGCCCAGCGGCCCCAACCUGCACCACGUCGAGCCGCAGCCGCCCGUCCCCUCCGCUGCGGACCGAGUAAGCCACCAGCGGCGCCCUGUGUUCAUCGGCGGCCCCGAGCAGCCCCAAGGCGCGGCCCCCAACACCCAGGGGGGAAUAUCCGGCUUUUUCUCCUCCAUCUCCGACCAGCUCUCCAGCGUGUUCAAGAUCUUUGGUUGAGCGGCUGAGGCUCUUCUGAACACCUCAAGGCCUUCGGGGUAACGACAAAGGCAUUUUUAGCUAAACGACGAAAGAGUCAUCUGAAUGGCUGAAAACGGCUGAAGAUUAUUUUAACUGAGCUUCUCCUUAUGAUUUUACUUGUAUUUUUAUUGUUAUUUUUACUAUUAUUAUCGAAGUGGUGAUGAUUAUUGUGAUAUUCUUCUUAUUAUUAUUAUCAUUAUUUUUAUCCACGAGAAGCUUGGAAUGGCUGCAGCUGAGUGGACACGCUGAUAUUGCUAAGGUAAUCACUCUUAUUAUUCUUAUCUCUAAACCGAACAUUUCAGCUUACAGUAAAGGUCCAGUAAUCCUAGGAGCAGGAAAACCACAGCUGUUCGGAUUAAUGGACUCUGCUAUAAAAAAACAAACUAAGACUAACUGUUACCCAGAUGGAGAAUAACUGAAUGAUAUUAGUAACUGUUAUCCGUGACCAGACUUCCCCGUCACAAUAAAAGUGACUGUUAAUAUGGCGUUCGUUGAUGAAAAUUUAAUGCAUCACUGAACGCGCACUCUCCUGUAGCGUGUGACCUUUAUUGUUAUCCCUUGACCGUCGUGGAAUGGAUAACUUACUAAUGUGGCCUAUAUUGUUAUCCCUUGACGGUAGUUGAGAAUGGAUAACAAUACUGUGUGACCUUUUGACCGUCCUUGCUAUUCCGACGGUAGUAGAGAAGGAUGGAUAAAUAUAAUGUGACCUUUCGACCUUUCUUGUUAUUCCCGACGGUCGUAGAAUGGAUAACUUUACUAAUGUGACCUUUAUUGUUAUUCCAACGGUCGUAGAGAAUGGAUAACAAUGCAAUGUGAUCUUUUGACCUUUCUUGUUAUUCUGACGGUAGUAGAGAAAGAAUAACAAUACAGUGUGACCUUUGGACCUUUAUUGUUAUUCCGACGGUAGUAGAGAGAAGAUAACUAUAAUGUGACCUUUUGACCUUUCGUGUUAUCCUGACGGUAGUAGAACGAUGGAUAACUACAAUGUGACUUUUUUACCUUCCUUGUUAUCCCUUGACGGUAAUAGAGAAGGGUGUGACCUUUCGACCUUUCUUGUUAUCCUGACGGUAGUAGCAAAAUGGAUAACAAUACAGUGUGACCUUUUGACCAUUCUUGUUAUCCCCGACAGUAGGUUCAUUGUUCUUGACGGGAGAAGUUUGUUACCUUACUGAUUGUUAUCCUGCCGGCCCUUUAGAGUGGUUGAUGACUCCCUAUUUGUUAUCCUGCUAUUUGUUAUCCCACGUAGCUAGAGUCCCCCGAUGGUAGGAGUGUUCUUAAAGGGAGAGUUAGCUUUGUUACCUUAGUCCUUGUUAUCUUUACUACCUGCGCAGUACAUGGUCGGUAACUUGAUGUCUCUCGUUGUUACCUCGUACGUGUGUGCGCGUGUGUGUGGCGGGAAAGACUGCAUAUGCAACGCUCUUUCACACUUGGUAGGUGAUGCAAAACAGAGCAGGAGAGGAUAUCACAAUCUUGUAUAGCAGAAAAGAAGACGCGAGAUCACCCCAACUGUUUCCUUGUGUGUGUGUGCGUGUGUGGCGGGAAAGACUUCAUAUGCAACGCUCUUACACACUGAUAGGUCAUACAAAGAAGAGCAAGAGAGGAUGUUACGAGCUUGUACAGUAGAGAAGACGCGCGUGGGUGUGACGGAAAAGGCUUCAUAUACAACGUUGUUUUAGAGUAACGCAAAGAACGAGAGCGAUUAUCAUAAGCUUGUAUAGUAGAGGAAAAAACUCGUGUCUGAAUAGCAGGGAAGGCUUCAUAUGCAACGUUAUAUUAGAGUAAUGCGAAGAACAGAGGAAGAGGAUAUCAUAAGCUUGUAUAGUAGAGGAAAAAACUCGUGUAUGAAUAGCAGGUAAGACUUGAUAUGCAACGUUAUUUAGAGUAAUGUGAAGAAGAGCAGGAGAGGAUAUCAUAAGCUUAUUUAGUAGAGGAAAAGACUCGUUUGUAUAGCAGGUAAGACUUGAUAUGCAACGUUAUUUUAGAGUAACGCAAAGAACGACAGAAGAUAUCAUAAACUUGUAUAGUAGAGGACAAGACUCGUGAAUGAAUAGCAGAAAAGACUUGAUAUGCAACGCUAUUUAGAGUAAUGCGAAGAACAGAGGUAGAGGAUAUCAUAAGUUUGUAUAGGAGAGGAAAAGACUCGUGUAUGUAUAGCGGGAAAGACUUCAUAUGCAACGUUAUAUUAGAGUAAUGGGAAGAACAGAGGUAGAGGAUAUCAUAAGUUUGUAUAGGAGAGGAAAAGACUCGUGUAUGUAUAGCGGGAAAGACUUCAUAUGCAACGUUAUAUUAGAGUAAUGGGAAGAACAGAGGUAGAGGAUAUCAUAAGCUUAUAUAGUAGAGGAAAAGACUCGUAUGUAUAGCAGGAAAGAUUUCAUAUGCAACGUUCUUUUAGAGUAAUGUAAAGAAGAGUAGGAGAGGAUGUUACGAGCUUGUUCAGUAUAGAGAAGACGUGACAUCGCCCUAAUAUUGUUACUUCGUGUUGGUGUGGCAGGAAAAAACUUCAUGGUACGCAAUGUUCUCAUACACUAACGCAAAGAACAGUAUAGGAGAGGAUGAAUUACUGUGGGAAAUUGAGUUGAGGUACAAAAUUGAAGUAUUGUCAAAGUUAAUUCAUAUUUCUUUUCAUAUCGUCUCUCAAUUCUUCGUAACGUUAUAUGAGUACUAAUUGGGAUCAUUUAAGUAGCAUAAAUUUUUAGUAUCGCCAAAGUCAAUAAAUCUUUCCUUUCCUAUCAUCUCAAAUACUCGUUAAGUCCAUUUCUGUUUUAAAUUAUCACAAGUCAUUUCUGUCAAUCAUCUGUUAUGUCUUAUGAGUACUAAUUGGAAGGAUGCGUACGAUUGGGUUUACACUCCUUAUACCGUAGAGAGAGGACAGGCUUUUAAGAGGAUCAGACAGAGGUUUCAGUAGCCAAGGGAAAGCCAGACGACGAUAGAUCCAGUGGCUUGUACUACAUUAAUUUCUCCCUCCGACAUAUCAUUUCUCAGACGAUGAUGUUAGUUGGUUCAGUAUAUAGCAUAACAAACGGCUUAGUUUUCUCUCUCUCUCUCUCUCUCUCUCUCUCUCUCUCUCUCUCUCUCUCUCUCUCUCUCUCUCUCUCUCUAUCUAUCUAUCUAUCUAUCUAACGACCAAGAGAAGCUGCCAGAUGUAGGAUAAAGUGACCCACGAAUUUCCUUUCCUCACACAUCGCUUGUAAAAAAAAGUCAGGAAUACAGAUACAGGUUCGAGUAGUGGAAGAUUUCGUUGUUUCGUUUCGUCUGCUUCUUAUAAUUAAUGUCGAGAGAAAAAGUAGUUGACUGAGUUCUGUAGUUGAUUGAUUUCCUGUUACAUAUCAUUUAGUGAAGCCAGGAAGUAGGUCUGUAUGUAGUGUGUGUGUGUGUGUGUGUGUGUGUGUGUGUGUGUGUGUGUGUGUGUGUGUGUGUGUGUGUGUGUGUCGCCUUUCCCUUCCCUUCCCUUCCUUUCCCCAUCAUUUCCCCAUUCAUUUUUCUUAUUCCCCUUCAUACAAUCCUUUUUUUUAAUUUAUUUCCUUUACUUUCCCUUCUUCCGUACUUCAACUUCCUUCUUUCUCCCCUUCCCUUCCCUUCGCUUUCCCUUCUUUCCCCUCGCAACAUUAUUUUCUCAUCCCCUUCUCUUCCCUUUCCUCGUCACCUUCCCUUCGCUUUCCCUUCUUUCCCCUCGCAACAUUAUUUUCUCAUCCCCUUCUCUUCCCUUUCCUCGUCACCUUCCCUUCGCUUCCCCUUCUUUCCCCUCGCAACAUUCUUUUCUCGUCCCCUUCCUUUCCCUUCCCUCGUCACCUUCCCUUCGCUUCCCCUUCUUUCCCCUAGCAACAUUCUUUUCUCAUCUCCUUCCCUUCCUUUCCCUCGUCAUCUUCCCUUCGCUUCCCUUCUUUCCCCUCGCAACAUUAUUUUCUCAUCUCCUUCCCUUCCUUUCCCUCGUCAUCUUCCCUUCGCUUCCCCUUCUUUCCCCUCGCAACAUUCUUUUCUCAUCUCCUUCCCUUUCUUUCCCUCGUCAUCUUCCCUUCGCUUCUCCUUCUGUCACCUCGCAACAUGCUUUUUUCAUCCCCUUCCCUUCCCUUCCCUCGUCAUUUCCCUUCCUUUUACCUUCUCCAACUUAUGCUACUUUUUUUUCUUAUCCUUUUCACUUCCUCUUCUCCCACUACACUUCUUUCCCGUCCUUCAUUAUCUCCCUUUCCCUUCACCUUUUUCCGAUCCUCAGCUUCCUUAUCAUACUUUUCCCUCGUCAUCUACCCUUCCCUCCCUUCCCUUCCCUUCCUUGGCACUCCUUCCCUUCUCCCUACGUGUGACUGAUUCUAGGACCGUUGUGGGAAGGGUCAAGCUGGGCCUUACAUUUAGGUUGGGCAUAUGAGGCACACUGUAGGUAGAGGCAUAGUACUUCGAGGCAUUUUUCCUGAGACGAGGAGGCAUUCGUUCACAAAGUAUUCCGUAGCUGUGGUUUUGUAUAGAGAUAUUUAUUAUGUAUCUUAGUUUGUAGUUUCUUCCUUGAUUAGUUAGUUAGUUUCUUCCUUGGCUUAGUUAGGUCAUAGUUAAUUCAUUGAUAUCGUUGGUUCAAAGUCCUCUCGAGCAGACAUACAUUCAUAAAGUCACUGUAGUUUGUUUUUGAGUGUUGAUAUAGUUAACUUUUAUUUUUAGUUAGAGUUAGUUUCUUCCUUGGCUUAGUUAGGUCAUAGUUCAUUCUUUGAUAUCGUCGGUUCAAAGUCCUCUCGAGCAGACAUGCAUUCAUAAAGUAACUGCAGUUUAACUUUUAUCUUAAUUAGUUAGUUUGGAGUUAGUUUCUUCUUCACCUUAGUAAGUUGAUAGUUCAUACUUUAAUCUUGUUAGCUCAAGUUAUCCCUACCACUGGCCUUCUCGAAUAGACAUUCAUUCAUUAAGCAAUCCGUAGCUUCAAUUUUGCAUAGGGUAAAGGUAUAUUUAUUUUUAGCUCAGUUCAUACGUUCGACCUACCACUGGCCUUCUUGACUAGACAUAUUUAUAUUCUUAUCAUAGUUAGUUCAUUUUUUUUCCCUACCACUAGCCCUGUCGAGUGCAUAUACAUUCAUAAACUAGCCUGUAGCGUUGGUUUUGUUUAACAGUAUUAAUUUUUAGCUUAAUUAGUUGAUAGUUCUCCCCAUCACUGGCCUUCUCGAGUACGUAUAUUUAUUUUUGUAGCUUAGUUCUCGAGUGCACAUAUUUGCGAUCUAGCUUAGUUAGUCUACAGUUUCCUCCUGCCAUUCACAAAUUUUUGUUUUGUAUAGACCUAUUUAUUAUUUCGAUUAAUUCAUAGUCCCCUCACCACUGGCCUUCUCAAGUACACAUAUUUAUAAUCUAGUUCAGUUGAUAGUUCCAUCCUGCCACUCGUCUUCUCUAGCAGACAUAUUUAUUCUUUAGUUUAGUUAGUUCAUAGUUCCCCCAUCACUGGCCUUCCCAAGUACAUAUAUUUAUAAUCUAGUUCAGUCGAUAGUUCCAUCCUGCCACUCGUCUUCUCUAGCAGACAUAUUUAUUCUUUAGUUUAGUUAGUUCAUAGUUCCCCCAUCACUGGCCUUCCCAAGUACAUAUAUUUAUAAUCUAGUUCAGUUGAUAGUUCCAUCCUGCCACUCGUCUUCUCUACCAGACAUAUUUAUUCCUUAUCUUAACUAGUUCAUAGUUUACCCACCACUGGCCUUCUCGAGUACAUAUACCUAUUAGCAUAUAUACCUAUUUAUGAUAUAGCUUAGUUUACAGUUUCUUCUUACCACUCACAAAUUAACCUGUAGUGGUGGUUCGUAGGCCUAUAGACCUACUUAUAUUUUAGAUUAGUUCAUAGUUUCCUCACCACUGGCCUUCUCGAGUGCACACAUCUUCCCCGUGGUGAUAGAGAGCAAGUGGUGAUACAGACACGUUGGUCGCAGUACAGGAGAUGCAAGGAUAACGAGAUCACGCUGCAUGCCUUACUUCAGUGUGUUGUUUUGUACGCUACGGUGAUGUUACGUCGUGUGUGUGUGCGUGUGUGUGUGACUUGUACGCUCUUUUAAAACAUUCCCAAAAUUGUUUCCUGACCUUGUUCAAUUAUCAUGAGUGUUUUAAUAAUGCUACGUCCGUAUUUUCUAACUACGAGGUUAUGUUACGUGGUGUGUGACUUGUACGCUUUCUAAAACAUUCCCUAUAUUGUUUUCUGGCCUUGUUCAAAUAUGAUGAAUGUUUCAAUAAUGCUACAUCAGUAUUUUCUAUCUACGAGGUGGUGUUACGUAGUGUGUGACGUGUACCCUUUUUAAAACAUUGCCGUUCUCAUGGUCUAACUGGACAAAACUGCACUGUGGACGCCGGGCAGGGACCAUUACCACUAGUUUUCUGGCCUUGGUAAAGUAUUAUGAGUGUUUUUAAUGCUACAUGUUUUUUUUUUCUUCAAAGUACGAACUGGUGAGAACCUGUAUGCUUUUUAAGACAUUCCUUAUUCAAGGCCUGGUCUGGAUAAAGCUACACUGUGGACGCCAGGCGGGGACCAUUACGAUUAGUUUUAGGACCUUUUAAAAUUAUUAUGAGUGUUUUUAAUGUUAUAUGUUUUUUUUGUUUUUUUUUAAGUACGAACUUUAACCCUAUUCAAGGCCUGGUCUGGAUAAAGCUACACUGUGGACGCCAGGCGGGGACCAUUCAAUUAGUUUCUUGGCCUUAUUAGAUUAUCAAGAGUGUGUUUUUAAUGCUACAUCGAUUCUUUCAAAGUGCGAGGUGAUGCUAUGUAGUGUGUGAAUUUAUAUCCUUUUUAAAACAUUUCCUAUUUCGAUCAGUUUUCUAGCCUUGUUCAAGUUCCAUGAGUGUGUUUUAUAAUGCUACGUCGAUUUUUCGUCAGCAUAAUGGCAUUGUUGUGGUUUCCUAUUCCCUUUCUCCGUCUGGUUUGGACGAAGCUGGACUGUGAACGCGAGGGACCAUUUUAAAAUUAGUUGUAUUAUGACCUUAAAAUAUUAUGAAUGUGUUAAUGUGUUUUACGGUAUUAUAUCGUUUUAACUCUCUCUUGCAAGAUUAUUAAAGAGUCUAGUAACCCUGCAUGGUCUUGAAACUGAAUUGUGAACGUCAGGGACCAUUUAACAUUAGUUGUAUGACCCUGCUAGAGUAUUACGAAUGUGUUUUAUAACGUUACGUUACAUUCUUUUUCUCUCAUGCAAGAUUAUUAUAGAAUCUAAUACAUUCCUAAAUCCUGUACGGUCUGAACGAAGCUGAAUUAUGAACACCAGGGACCAUUUAUUAGUUGUAUGACCCUGAUAGAGUAUUACAAAUUGUUUUAUAAUGUUCAAUCCUUUUUUCGGAGGAUGAUAGAGCAACAAAGUGCAUUCCAAUGUUGGCAGUAAAAAGAUCAAAUCCCGACGCAACAUUCACUUAAUUAAGGCUCCUGUAAAGUGUGUUUCUCUUCUUACAAUCCCCGACUAGUGUAUUUGUGUUUGUGUGUUCCGUAGUCUGUAAGCAAGCACGCAUAGCAUAAUCACCCACGUAUGCAGAACGACGUGUCUUCAUGAGAGUGUAGAGAUUAAUGACUUCAAGCAAUUACGAGCGGCAGAAUUAGUUAAGUUACAAUCUGGGGCAGAGUUCUUCAAAUCAUCCCAAACUCGAGGAAGAUGGAGGUAUUGCUUGUUUAUUCUUCCUCCUCCUCUUCCUUUUCUUCCUCGCAGUUAUUCAAAAUAUCCCAAACUCGAGGGAGGUGGAGGUAGCGUCUGUUUAUUUCUCCUUCUCUCUCUUCCCUCCUCCACCUCGUUCUCAUCUGAUGUGGUUGGUAGCUGUUCAUUGGCCAUUCCGUAGUCAGCAACGAGAAAUGAAACUCCCAACCGAGACCAAAACCAAGAUUUAUUUUAAGUAUAUCACUCAGUUGACCCUCUUGACAGUAUUAAAGGAUGUAUGUUCCCCGCCGUCUGGUAUUUUGUUGUUUAUUCAAGAAUAUUUAUUUGUUUCAACGGUAACCCAAAUAGUAGUCUGUAGCGGCCGAGUACUGCACGACCCGCACUUUGAAGAACCCUGAUCCGGAUGUGUGUUAAUAACUGUCCAAGAAUUCCACUAAGAACGUGGUUGUGUGUCUGUCAGAGUUGUGCUUCAUUGUUGACGCUGUAGUGACGAAAAAAAAUGCUGACCAACUAUAUUUUUACUAUACAAUGUCACUGUUUGGUAUGUAUGUAGACUAGGAUGAGGAAGAAGACAAUAAAAACCUAACAUUAAAUAGUAAAAAAAGAUAA